AUGGCCAGUCUAUCUAAAGAGCAGCUGAAGGAAGCUCAGAACACUGCCGACUUUGUAAAGAAGAAAGCACCUGGUAUGAUGAAGGAUCUGGCGAAUAAGUUAUGGAAGCAGGCCGGUAUAAGGAUAUUCAUAUUAUCAGCAUGGAAAACAGAGGAAGGUGAAGUGAGGAUCAAUGUAUACAAAGGACUACAAGCCCAGUGGAAUGCCUAUGCUGGAGAAGAGUUCAAUGUUGACCUGAAUAAUGAUGACAACAACAAUGAGUGGGAGGUGAAGAAGAGCAGAAAGAAAGGGGGAAAGAAGGACAAUUAUCCUUUGGAGGUGGAUAGCUAUGGGCUUCCAGUUAUACCGGACAUUGAAGAUCUCAGCCUAGAGAACAGCAGGAUGAGUUCUAGCUCAGAUGAAGCCCAAGGUAUCCUCCGACAAGCUUGGCUUCUGACAGUGUUCCGCUGUGUCAACAAUGACAAGACGAUGAAAGAACCAGUAGAUACAAUCUCAGGCGACAAUUCAGAUACCAGACCCAGAGUACCAGUCAAAAAGUCAACCAGAAAGCCCUGCAGGAGGGUGAGACAGGAGUCAAGUGGGGAGGAUGAGUGUGAUGAUGAUGAUGAGGGAGAGAAAGACAAGGAACACAAGGAAGAAGAUGAGAAAGGCAAUGAGGAACACAUUGUCUGCUCACCUCCUUCAAAGUCCAAACCCUCCAAAAAGCAAGAUAGGGCUAGCACAGUUCAAUCUGAAUUGCAACAGGAAGAUCCUCGCCCACCAGUCAAGAAUUCCAUGCUGGUUGCAUCACCACUUUUAAAGUCCAAAUCAACCAAGAAAUGGUCAGAAGACAAUACUGGUACCAGUUCUGCUCAAUCAACUGGUAAUCAUCUUGGUGAUACUGUGCUGCCUUCGCACCAUGUGUCUAAAAAUCGUGCAUUUGGUCCUACAUCAGGUGUCCACACCACCUAUCCCAGCAAAGGCCACUGGCAGGAAAACCAAAGGACAUGA